AGUCUUCCAUGCCUAGACUUCUGGUCGUCACGCCAAACACAUAAUGGAGAUCCAUCCAUCCAAAGCGCCGCCAUCGACCCUCCUCCUAGACUCCCAUGUAUGUGUGACGGCGCGGCGCUCAUCACCGCCCGUACCUAGCGGCGGCAACAUCCCUUCUAUGAGUAUGGAUCCAGCAACUUCCGAUAAAGCACCAAAUCAAUCUCCCCGUACCCUUGCAGAGAUGGAACCUAGGCUCGGUUGUGAAUUUUCAUUGCAAACCGAUGGUGCCAAUAAUAGACAACCAGAAAUCAAUCUCCCUCCAGUCGUCCAGGAUAGCUUCAGCACACCCAAGAAAGGAGCUAGCAGCGGGCCUUUUUGUGGUUCAUCAUGUACACCGGAAUGUGAUGAAAAUGUAAAGCCGGCUGUAGGCAUGACAUUCGAGAACAUGGAAGCCGUCGAAGAGUUCUACAAGGCUUAUGCACACAACGUUGGCUUUUCAGUUCGAAUCGGUCAGAAGAGGACUGUAGAUAAUUUGGUGGUCUGGAGACGAUUUUUGUGUGCCAAAGCAGGUUUCAGAUCCAAGGCAGAGGAAGAAAAGAAGGUUGUGACCGGAAAUAAGCCAAGUAAGCAGAAGAAGACAAAGAUUACUAGAUGUGGUUGCCAAGCCAUGAUAACUGUCAAGCUUAUGCAGGGUGGCAUAUACUCAAUAGUAUAUUUUCAUGAAGAACACACACAUGAAUUUGUCACACCUAGCAAACAACAUUUAAUCAAGUCAAAUAGACAAGUUAGUCAGAGGGCCAAGACCACUCUGUUCACAUGCCAUGCAGCUAGCAUUGGCACAUCUGGUGCCUUCCGAUUGCUUCGUAUUGGCGAGGGCGGAUCUGAGUUUGUGGGUUGCACAAAAGAGACUUGCAGAAUUAUCAUCGUAAUUUGAGAAGUUCGAUCAAGGAUUCAGAUGCUCAGAUUUGAGAAGUUCUGGAGUUCCUUGUAUUUUCAGAUCAAACAUGGUUGUGAAAAUCAAACAGACACAGGUAUCAAAUUUUACUAUUCGCCAAUGAACUUCAAUGAUAUAUUUCUCUAGAUGAACACACCCAAGUGGCAGAAACUAAUUCAAGUACAAAUUAUGUGGUCAUUUGGAAGUAAUGUUCCCUAAAAAGUUAGCAGAUUAUGUGCAGCAUUUCGAACAAACAAGAAUACUAGGGGGUUGUAAUUAAGAACCUGCAGUCGCUACCGAUAUUCAGACCAUGUCUUCAGAGUAAUGAAUGUACAUGAUACCAACUGUUUGGUGGCUAUAUUCACAAUCACACUGACCAAAGCAAUAAAUUAAGCACUCGGUUUUAGACAAACUAAAGAAGAGGUAGCUCAGUUAUAGAAGACAAAAAAAUAACUGCUAGUGAACCUGCUGGUGGUGAUUGGCACCCAGAAUUACCCACAGGACCAAAACACAAUAAUGAACUAAAAAUCUUAAGAUGCCAUCCAAAAUAAACACAUGAUUUAUGGCCAUGGUGUAGAGCACGAAAAAUCCACAAUACACACAAUAAAAAAUUAGUGCUUCUUUGUCUCAAUAACAUUACUAGCAGGAAGUG